AUGCAAGUACAAAACUUAAAGAGUAAAUCAUCAAAAGAAUUAAAAAUGUAUUUAGAAAGACUAAACUUACCACCAAAAGACAGAGAGAGAAUAUAUACAGAAUGUUUGCCUUUCUUAAAGAAUGAUCUUGACUCACUUUACAUAUUUCUAGAUUUAAUAGACAUGUACUACCAAUCAGAAGAUCUAGAGACAAUAUACAGUCUAUUUAUGGUUAAUAAGUAUAGAUUUAAGCAGUUUUCACUCUACUGGAAAAGACUACUAGAACAUUCAGUUUUAUAUAUGAAGUUGGAUUUUAAUAAGACGUUUGAUAAAAUAAUUCAUUUGAUAAGUAAACAAGUAUUUGACAUGAAAUAUAACCUAAUUGAGUAUCUCAAUGAGAAUAGAGAAGAGUAUAAAUUAAAGUUUAUAGAAAAUAAAAGAAUAACACAACUCAAAUCAAUUGAUAUUUCUACUCCUAAUAUUGACAAUACAACCUAUUUUAAUACGGAUAUUAAUGAACCACCCAAAGAAGAUAAAUUAAUGUCAUUCACUAUGAAUAAAACAAGUGCUACUUUAACCAGAAUAGAAAAUAAUUACAAAGAAGUUGCUAAUAUUUUAGAAAAUAACAGUAAAGAACUAGUUAAUUCAACUGAAAAUGAGUCUAAUAAUAUUUUUAUUAUAAAUAAUAAACCAGUUAUAAUAUUAGGUGAAAUAGCUAAAGGAGGGUUUUCAACUGUAAACAAAGUAAUUUAUGAUAAUGAGGUAUACGCAAUGAAAAGAUCAUAUAGAGGUAAUUUUAAGAAAGAAUUAGAAAUAUUACAGAAAGUAUCAUCCUAUCCAUGGGGUAUUAAAUUAAUAGCAUCUGAUAUUAAUAUUAAAUUACAUACAUCAAUAUUAAUAAUGGAAUAUGGUGAAAUAGACUUACAGAGAUUUAUAGAUAAUAACGUUAUGAAUAUUUGUUUAAUUAAAAGUAUUUGGAAAGAUUUGCUAGAAAUAAUAAUAUCACUUCAUAAUAUAAAGAUAAUUCAUAAAGAUAUUAAACCAGCUAAUUUUGUAUUUGUUAAGGAUCGACUUAAAAUUAUUGAUUUUAAUAUCAGUGUUGAGAUGGGACCUGAUACAACUAGUUGUCUUAACAGUAAGGAAGGUACAGCUUAUUAUUCAUCACCUGAAGUAUUUUUUAAAAAGAAUGUAAGUAGAUCAGCAGAUAUUUGGUCUGCUGGUUGUAUACUUUAUUAUAUGGUUUAUAAAAGAGUAAUAAUUGAUAGGGCUUAUUUAAAUGAUUCAAGACGGAUUAAUGUUUAUGAUUUUUUUAAAAACAAAGAAAGUAUAAUUUAUCCUUCUAUCGGGGCAGAUAAUAUUAAAAUUACAAAUAAUUUAAUAGAAACAUUGAAAAGUUGUCUUAAAUAUGAACCAGAAUUUAGAAUUAAAGUAAAAGAUUUAAUUAAUUCAGAUUUUUUAAAUAGUUAG